CCCCCGCUCCGUGCUUCCAGCCUCUCUAGGCCGCUCCUCUCCACUCCCCGCAAGAUCGCCGGCUCACCACGCCAACCGGAGGCGGCAGGCCUGGGGGGGUGGGGCAUUCCGGGCGAGCCGCCCGCGCACGCGCCGUAAGCCAACGUGGGCGUGGCUGCGGGCUCAAGGGGCGGGGCGGCUGAAGGAGCGCGCUGCCAUGCAAGCCCACGGGGACCGCGCCGCGGCGCCCCACGUGUCUAUUAUCCUCCCGGUCUACAACGCUGAACUGUGGCUGGACGAGUGCUUGGAGUCUGUUUUGCAACAGGACUUUGAAGGCUCCAUGGAGCUCUCGGUUUUUAAUGAUGCUAGUAAGGACAAGUCUAUGACUAUCAUUGAGAAAUGGAAAGUGAAACUGGAAAACUCUGGUGUCCUCGUGGUCAUUGGAGGACAUGAUUCUCCUUCACCCCGAGGAGUCGGAUAUUCUAAAAAUCGAGCAAUAGCACAGAGCUCGGGGUCUUACCUUUGCUUUUUGGAUUCGGAUGACGUCAUGAUGCCUCAGAGGGUGAGAUUGCAACUGGAAGCUGCUGCCCAACACCCGACAAGUAUUGUAGGUUGCCAGGUGAGGAGAGACCCUCCCAACUCCACUGAGCGAUACACGAGGUGGAUCAACCAGCUGGCGCCAGACCAGCUUCUCACUCAGGUCUUUACCUCCAAUGGCCCAACUGUGAUCAUGCCCACCUGGUUCUGCUCUCGGGCAUGGUUCUCCUACGUGGGCCCAUUUGACGAAGGCGGGCAGGGUGAGCCAGAGGACCUGUUGUUCUUCUACAGCCACCUCAGAAAGGGCGGCGGGGUCAUCCGCGUGGACCAGAGCCUCCUCCUCUACCGCUACCACCCCAACGCGGCCACACACUCUGUCCUCGAGACCACCAUCUGGACCCAUCGCGUGCGCUUUCUGGAAGAGCGGGCGCUGCCGCACUGGGCCACCUUCACCAUCUGGAACGCGGGCAGGCAAGGCCGCCGGCUCUAUCGCAGCCUGACAGCCGGGAUGCGGCGCAAGGUGGUGGCUUUCUGUGACGUGGACGAGAACAAGAUCAGGAAAGGCUUCUAUUGCCAUGAAGACUCUCAGGAAAGGCCGAAGCCCCGUGUUCCGAUCCUGCACUUCCGAGCUGCACGGCCGCCCUUCGUCAUCUGCGUGAAGCUGAGGGUCUGACGGGACACCGUCAGGGGAGCACACAAGGUGAACGUUCCCACAUGGCGCCUCGGCCCAGGCAAGGAAACCACUCCCGCUGAAGGACGCAGCAAAAGCACCUGCCGCUCAGCCCCCGUCCCCGUGCACGCCAGAGAGGGCAGCUGGCUCCCCGGCCCUGACCCCGUCGGUCCUUGGCACGGGGCCCCAACCCCAGCACGGCCACCGCCUUCGCCUCUGGUGCGGGCGGCAGCUCCCGCGUCCAGCCCGCAGACGAGGCGCAGCCCCGCGAAGCGCCGUGCACACCAGCCUCACCGAGGGGCCUGGGCUCCGGGGAAGACACACCUCGCCAAGGUGAGCGGGUGCACCGUGGUGCUUCCCCACAUCGCCGGAGAACCCGAGAUCCGAGGACACACGCUCGCGGGGCCGUUCGCUGGGUUCCUGACUCCCGACUCGAGACUCUGCUGUGGGGGCGCAGCCGGGCUCAGGCAGGAUGCUUGGGUUGCCCACCACCGUGUGAGGGUAGGUGACCACGUGCAACGCCCACAAGCACCGGGCACGAUGGGGUGAGGCAGAGGCAAGGCUGGGCGCCCACCCCUUGGCCGUUUCUCUGGCCCGUCUAGGGUCGCUUGGGGCCACCCUCUGCCCCCCAGGCCCCCGCAUCAGCAUCACACACAGAGACACAGAACCGCUCAGAACAUGAUUUUAUAGAAGGGGUUCCCGUGGACGUGAACACCAACAUCCCAGGGCACGUGUGAGGAAAAGCCACCGCCGCCGUGGUGACGAACUUCAAGUCCCUUUGCACCGUGUCCAGCUGUCCCGUGCUGUCAUCAGGCUCCUCCCCGCUGCCAGGCGGGCAGGGGGCCUCAGUGGGUGCCAGACUGUUGGGGACACAGCACAGGGUCAGACCACCAGCACCACCCCCUCUGGGCCCCCAUUUCCCCAGCCACCCAGGACCCUGAGGCCGACAUAACCCCAAGGCAGCGGGCAGAGGAUCCCUGUACUUUUCCACAAACGUCAUCCACUGUGUGUGAAAUUUUCCUGAUAAAAGCAUAUUUACUUGGGAAGCUGGCACUGCGCUUGGCCAGCUGAUUGCACCCCUCACGGAGCCCCCUGGUGCCCAACGGAAGAGUGGGCAGGGCCACCACACUGUGUGGCACCGGAGCAGAUGCAGGAAGUAACAGUGUGAUUCCAAGCCUGAAGGAGAAGAGACAGGAAAGCCGACAGGACACGGCGAGGAGAGGGGUCCCGCCUGGUGCCGCCCUCCCGCUCACUGCGUGCUCUCGCGGUCCCUGCUAGCAGAGUAGCAGCCGUACAAGUGGGGGCUGUGAAGCGAUAAACCCUUCAAAUACAAGUGAGGCCAAGAGAAAGAAACAGAUCAAGCCAUGACCAAAGAUCAUAGAUGUAAACCCAAACCCAUAACCACACGUUAAAUACAAGGGGACAAAACUCCAAUUAAGAUACUCAACUGGAUUAAAUACAGAGAAGACCUAA